UCACAGCAGCCAGCUUUCGUGGCUCUCGGCUUUCAAUUUGCAUUCAUUUUCAUGUUUGUUAGACGUAUUUCUAUUUUAAGUUGCAUUUGCUGCCUCUCAGAGCCAGGGUGGUUUCUUUUAACCUCUCUGCCUUGCCCAUGGCUCCUGAGCACUGAUCGGCAGCUCCUGCCCGCCCUGCAGCCCCCGUUCUGCUGCCUCCACUUCUCCCUCCCAGCCCCAGCAGCCUUUGGAUGGGGCAUUUUGAUGCCUGGAGGGGCUGAGCUCUGCUCCUGGGGCUUCCCCACGCUGCUUCAGCUGUGGGGCUCCUUCCAGGUCCCUGAGCACAGAGGCAGCAGACUGCUGCAGGGACCCCAAAAUCUUGACCUGUGCCUUUGGACCCCUUCCUGCCCUCAAGGAUCUGCCCUCUGCUUUGCUGCGCCCCCGCUCCCUGCUUGUUGUGAUGCUCGGGGGCUUUACUUCGUGCUUUUCCUGCAAAGAGCUGCCCUGGCCCCUGGGGAGAGCUGCUCUGCCCCAGCACGGACAGCGAGCUCCUCCACACACAAAGGUUUUGGCCUUCCUCCCUGCACUGCACGUGCCAAACGCCCAUGGUGCAGACAGGCAGGGACACCUCUGGUCAUGGUCCCAGCAGAGCCUGGAGCAGGGGAAGGGCUCCCCUGGGGAGCAGGGCAGGCUGCAGGGCGAUGCCCCAGCUCCACAGGUCUGGGGUCACUGGGAGCCCUGGUGCCCCCACUCUCCAGCCUCUCCACAGCCCUGCCUUUGUUCCACCCGGUCCCUCCUCCCGCCGUGUGCUGAGUUAGGGCUUUCCGUAAUGCCCUCCCGGCCUGGCUCUGUCUGGAGCUAUAAAAACCCUGCCCCAGGGCUGCCGGCCGCGCCACCUCUCCGUGCGCAGCUCCUCACCCCGGUAAGCGCAGGAGGCAGCGCGCUGGCCCCGGGGCCAGGCAGCAGGUGUGCCAGCAGCCCCGCACCAGCCUCCUCUUCUCCUGCACAGACCCACCAUGAGCCAGCGCCGCAGGACGGCCUCCGGUCUCUGGAAGAUCGUGGUGUGGGACGAGCCCUUCUUCCAGGGCAAGAGGCACGAGUUCACCGCCGACUGCUACAGCACCCCGGAGCGCGGCUUCAGCACCGUCCGCUCCUUCAAGAUCGAGAGCGGGGCCUGGGCAGGCUUCGAGCACUGCGGCUUCCAGGGGCAGCAGUUCGUGCUGGAGCGCGGCGAGUACCCGUGCUGGGAGGCGUGGAGCGGCAGCAACGCCUACCGCGUGGACAGGAUGUGCUCCUUCCGCCCCAUCACCUGCGCCGACCGUCGGCGCAGCCAGCUGAUGCUGUUCGAGCAGGAGAACUUCCAGGGCAGGAGGGGGGAGCUGAGCGACGACUGCCCCUCGCUGCCCGCCCUGGGCUGGGGCAGCAGCGCCGUCGGCUCCUUCCUCGUCUGCUCCGGCGCGUGGGUCUGCUCGCAGUACCCGGGGUACCGCGGCUUCCAGUACCUGCUGGAGAGCGACAGCGGCGCCGGCGAGUACAAGCACGUGCGGGAGUGGGGCUCCCACGCGCAGACGGGCCAGGUGCAGUCCAUCCGCAGGGUCCAGCAGUGACCGCCCGCACCGCGGCCACCUGGCCCCAGCCCUGUCCCCAUCCCUCGGGCGCUGCCUGCCCGGCGCGGUGCCGGCACCA